AUGAGAUUCUCAGCUCCGAUCGCACUUACCUUCACCCUUCUCACGACUCUCGUCGCUUCCAGCCCCCAUGCAGGUGAUUCAAAGCAUGGUGGACUAUCUCUCCGUGGGGAGAGACCAUUAGCUCGAGGUGCGGUGGGAGUAUACCAACGACAAACUACGGGUGACGCGGACGAUUCGGGAGAUGCUACUACUUCUGAUGGUGAUGCCUCUGGAGAUGGGGAUGACGGAUCUACUUCUACGGAUGAAGGUGACGGUACAGAUACAACCGAUGGAUCUGAUGGAUCUGAUACCGCUGCGGCUACUCCUACGUACACUUAUGAUGGUACAGGUGGAGAAGCAGGUGAUAGUGGACCAGCUCUUACAUAUACUGAUCCCGGUACUACUCCACCUUCCAACGAUCUCACUUCAGCUACGGCGGCCAACGUCGAAGCUACAUCUGCUGAUCCAAAUGCCCAACCUUCAUCUGCACCUACCACUUCGUCCUCCCACUCUGGACUUACCAAUUACAAUACCACUACUAGGAGUCAGACUGUCAGUCUUGUAGGAACCAGUGCCGCUCAGACCUCAACAAGAGCUUCCGGUUCAUCUUCAGCCUCUGCGUCUCAAGCCAACUCUGGUGCAUUCCCCUCUACUAUGCCUAACAUCUCACCACUUUCAUUGAUCACUGUGGUCUUAGCUGGUGGAUUGGGAGUUAUCAGAGUCCUCGUCUAA